GCCUGACCAAGACCGAGCCAGCUGACGGGUCAGUGGGGGCUUUGUGUGGCCAGCGGGCCGGAAGCUGUUGCACGGCGGCAGAGCAUAGAGAAGUGCCUGAGGCCAGGAGGCCCCCCCCAGAUGGUCUGUCCCUGGAGACGGCCAAACCCUCAGACGCCCAGCCUCGGCUGUCACACCCAAACAGCCCCAUGGCAGCCUCCCAGCUGGCAGCGCUGGAGGGAGUGGAGUCGGGGGCCGGGGGGCUGCCCUUGACGGAGGCCAGCCCCGGCUUCCUGUAUUCCGAGGGCCAGCGGCUGGCACUCGAGGCUUUGCUGAGCAAGGGAGCGGAGGCGUUCGAGGCCUGCGUGCGGCGUGAGGGGCUGCGGCCCUUCCUGAGCGGGGAAGAGCAGCGGAGCCUGGCGGCAGCGGCCGAGGACUGGACAGCACCCAAGCAGCCGCCAGACAGGGUGGCAGAGGGAGCCGCGGCCACCGAGGGGGACUCGGGCAGCCUGACCUACUGGCCCGGACGGUCAGAGGACCUGCUGCCCACACUGCGGUUGGGCUGGCCAGAGGACCCGGCCUGGAAGGGAAUCACCCGGGCACAGCUCUAUACGCAGCCACCCGAGGAGGGCCAGCCGCCCCUCAAGGAGCUGGUGCGCCGGGAAAUCCAAGCUGCCCACAAGCUAGUGGCCGUGGUCAUGGAUGUCUUCACUGACCCAGACCUGCUUUCGGACCUGGUAGACGCCGCCACACGCCGCUGGGUGCCUGUCUAUCUUCUCCUGGACCGCCAGCAGCUGCCUGCCUUCCUGAUCCUGGCCCAGCAGCUGGGGGUGAACCCCUGGGCCACGGAGAACCUCGACAUCCGGGUCGUGCGGGGCUGCAGUUUCCAGAGCCGCUGGCGACGGCAAGUGAGCGGCAGCGUGCGUGAGAAGUUUGUGCUGUUGGACGGCGAGAGGGUGCUCUCCGGAUCCUACAGCUUCACGUGGAGCGACUCCCGCCUGCAUCGAGGCCUGGUGACCCUGUUGACCGGUGAGAUUGCUGACGCCUUCAGCCGAGAGUUCCGGACCCUGUACGCGGCCUCCUGGCCCCUCCCGGCUGCGCCCGGCUCGGGCCCCUUCGUCAGCACCGUGGAGGGGCUGCGGCUGGCCCACAACCCCCACCGUGUGGCCCGCCGCCGCGCUGUGGCCCCCAAGUCACCGCCACCGCCCGACGGCCCGCUGGCCCAACGCUUGGCCGCCUGCCGAGUCUUUGACGGGAACAGGCAGGAGACCCCGGCCACCCCAGGGCCGGCGCUGAGCGACAUCCUGAGGAGUGUCCAGCGGACCCGGACCCCCAGCGGCCCCCCGGCCCGGCCUAGCCGCUCCCUGUGGGACCUGAGCUGCCUGUCCCAGCUGUCCGGCUCCAGCGGCGGUGACAGCGAGCUCAAGAAAUCCUGGGGUUCCAAGGACACCCCCGCGAAGGCCCUGAUGAGGCAGCGGGGCAUGGGAGGGGCCCCCUGGGGGGAGACAGAGCCCCGUCCUCCGGGCCGGUCCCAGUCCCCAGGCGGCCCCCUGCCCCACCUCCCUGCCCGCCGCCUCCAAUAUCUGUCCUCGGCCGGCAGGAGGUUUGGUGAGGAUGCUGCCUCCAAGCCCCAGGAACCCCGAGGCACCCCGCAGUCGGACUGGGCUACCCAGGCAGGACUCAGGGGGCGACCUUGACGGGACCCAAAGCCACGCUGGGCUGGCCUGCCCACGGCCAGCUCCCAGAACCCCCACUCCCUCCAUGUUGUGCCUUGGACAAGGCUUCUGGCCUCCUAGUGUCUGGGAAGCAGUAGGGAUUUCCUCUGCUUUGUUCUAGAACGUGGGCAAGCCCAGUGCUCAGUCUGGAUGAAUGGGCGGAAAGUCUUGACCAGCUGGCACCCCAGGGCAGGGUAUGUCCCAUUGUAGGGCGGGGAGUCCCCAGGACAGGGUGGGGAGCCUCCUGUACCCACCGGGCCUUGGAGCUGUGGGUAAACUGAGCUUGGGAGAGGAGAGGAGAGGAGAGAAUCCAGUCCAGGGAGCAGGGCUUAAUAAUGAGGGGCAGGAAAUUGAUGGGGACCCCUGCUGGGGGGCAGGUCAGGGCAGUAGGCCCUGGGACUGUUUUGUGGGUGUUAAGGGGCAUGUUGUUGGGGCUCCCUUUACCUCUGCUCAGAAUAAAGCUGCUUUAUGCCA